AUGCAGCUCUCUCAGCUUCUCUGGGCUGCUGGUCUGAUGACCGUGUCUGUCUCUGCCCAUCCGGAGGUCGUCGAUCACUCCAAGGUUGCGCGCCGGCAUGCGAAUCAUGUGAAUACCCGAUCCACUUCCUGCGCGGCGAAGCUCGAGGCCCGACGCGAUGCUACUAUCGCGAGACGCAAAGAGCGCGUUGCGAGGCGUCAAGUCGCCCGAGGGCUUUCUAGCGGCCACUCUCUAGCUGCACGCAAUGUCUUCGAUACAAUCCAGAACACAACUUGCGUCCUCGCCCCUGAGACCGUUUGGGGUCCUUAUGGCAUUGAUGGUGAGCUUCACCGUCACGAUGUUCGUGAAGGUCAACCUGGCGUGGACCUUUACCUCGAUAUUGGUAUUAUUGACGUCGAGACCUGCGAGCCACUCCCUGACGCUUGGUUGACAAUCUGGUCCUGCAAUGCUACUGGAACCUAUUCUGGGUUCACCGGCAUCGAUCCGGAUACUGCCUCGGCCUAUGAUGGCUGGACUACCCGCAGUGACGGCACCACGGAUGAGAAGACAUUCCUCCGCGGUAUCUCCAGGACCGAUUCCGCUGGCAUGACGGAGUUCCUGACCACCUUUCCAGGCUACUACAUCUCUCGUACCACUCACAUCCACGUGACCGUGCAGACCAACGUGACGGGCAAGGACAGCAGCUACAGCGAUGCUGACGUCCAGCACCUUGGUCAGCUGUUCUUUGACGAGGACCUCAUCAAUUCGGUCUACCAGCUCGCUCCCUACAAAGCUCAUCUUGCGACCUUGAACCGCACCACUAACGCCGAGGACUCUCUUUACUCUUCUGCAAAUGGAGACGGCUACUCCGCCGUAGUCGACGUUUCCAAGCUGGGCGAGUCUCUCGCCGAUGGUCUUGUGGGAUACAUCACCAUUGGUGUUAACCGCACUGCUACUCCUGCUUUGACUACUGGUGGCAGUGUCAAUGUUCUUGGCGCUCUGCCUACUGUGACCCCGUCUGCUGGUGCUCAGGCUUCUGCUUACGCUCUUGAUGCCUCCGAGGGCUAUUUUGAGAAGCACUAA